AUGGCGGGCUUCGAUUUCUCCAACCACAACCGCAAUGUGGCUCUCCACGCCAGAGGCGUGCCUCUUCCCAAGGCUACUAGCACCGGUACGACAAUUGUCGGCUGUUGCUAUGACGGGGGCGUUGUGAUUGCAGCAGAUACCAGAGCUACCAGCGGACCUAUUGUUGCCGACAAGAACUGUGAAAAACUCCACUACAUCGCGCCCAAGAUCUGGUGUGCCGGAGCCGGUACCGCCGCCGACACCGAAUUCACAACCUCCCUGAUCAGCUCCAACGUCGAACUGCACUCCCUCUCAACGGGUCGGCCCCCGCGAGUCAUUACCUGCAUGACCAUGCUGAAGCAGCACCUCUUCCGAUACCAGGGCCACAUCGGCGCGUACCUGGUGGUUGCGGGUGUGGACCCCACGGGCGUCGGCCUGUUCACCGUGCACGCCCACGGUUCGACAGAUAAGCUCCCCUACGUGACGAUGGGGUCGGGUUCGUUGGCGGCCAUGUCUGUGUUCGAGUCGAUGUGGAAGCCCAACUUGAGCCGGGAGGACGCGGUUAACCUCUCCGCAGAGGCGAUCAAGGCUGGUAUCUUCAACGACUUGGGUUCGGGUAGUAAUGUCGAUGUAUGCGUGAUUCAGCAGGAUGGGCCGACGCAGCUGCUACGCAACUACAUGAAGCCUAACGAGCGUGGUGAGAAGGAGCGGAAUUACCGUUUCCCUAAGGGUACGACGGCUUGGUUGAACCAGAAGGUUAUCAGCAAGGAGGACAUGAAGAAAUAUGUUGUUGUUGAGGAGGUUUCUGGGGACAAGGAUCUUGCCAUGGAUGUGGAUUCUUAA